CCGUCAGAGUAGCCAAGUCAAAGCAAAUACACAGACCCAAACCAACGGCUAAAAGUCCGUCCUCGCUCAGUCACCGACGUUCAACCCGGAGGAGAAAAACUCGCCGAAGAUCGCACCUGUGAAUCGGUGACCAAAACGAGCCUAAUUUUGGAAAAAGUGGAAAAUCGGUUCGAUUCAUCGCCAAUCAAUUGCCAUCUCUGCAGCACCUCUCUUUCAUUUUCUUGUUCUCCAAUAUAAGUUCUUAUCCUUCACUCGUUGGCCUCUGAUUCUUCCCCUUUUGGUUUGGAAGCCCCGGGAGCUGAAAUUUGUGAAUUUGAUAUCUGGAUUGUGGUUGAUUUGAGUGAUGCAAUUCGAUUCCUGAGGCUGUUGGAGGUUUUUGAGAGUUUGAGUUGUUGAAUCUUUGGAAUUGUAAUUCCUUUGUUGGGAAUUUUAGAUUUUCGCCUUUUUCCAACUUUUGAUUUGUGUAUAGCUUUGUAUCUUUGAUGUUCUGUGUAUUUGGGUUUGAAGGAUUCAGUGGAUUUGAUUGUUAAUGGUCUUGUUGUAUUGAAUCAUUCAUACCUAUUGAUUGAUGGGUACUGAAGCUUGUAAUUUGAAUUAGGCAAAAGAAGGUUCAGGGUUUCUGGGCUCUGAGAAAAAUGUCUGUGGCUGCUGUUGCAUCGAGUCCCAUUCGCGGUGAAUCGGUACAUUCACCGGGUUUUUUCCAUGGCCAACCAGAGCCUUGCUCCAGCGAAUCAAUCCUAGUUUAUCUCACUGUCGCCGGUUCUGUGAUUCCUCUGCGUGUUUUGGAGUCCGAUUCGAUAGCGUCAGUGAAACUUAGGAUCCAGAUAUGUCAAGGGUUUGUAGUGAAGAAACAGAAGCUAGUUUUUGGGGGAAGAGAGUUAGCAAGAAACGAUUCUCUUGUUAGGGAUUACGGUGUCACCAGUGGGAAUGUUCUGCAUUUGGUUCUUAAGCUAUCAGAUCUCCUGGCCAUCACCGUUAGAACCACAUGUGGGAAGGAAUUCGAGUUUCGUGUGGAUAGAUAUAGUAAUGUUGGGUACCUCAAGCAACGAAUUGUAAAAACCAGGAAAUGCUUUGUUGAUCUUGAGGAUCAUGAAUUUUUCUGCAAUGGAAAUAAGCUGGAUGACCAGGUUCUCAUUGAUGAUAUCUGUACCAGUGAUCCUAUCAUUCAUCUGUUGGUUCAGAAAUCGGCUAAGGUCAGAGCUAAGCCUGUUGACAAAGAUUUUGAGCUAUCAGUUGUUGCAGAAGAUAGAAAUGAAGGGACAAGAGAUGGAGCCAAUGAAGGAGAGAAUCGAUCUGAGGAGCAGCUUCAGGUUGUGGAGAAGGAGCCACCAGAUAGAGAUUUCUGGUUGGAACCUAUCAUUGUUAAUCCGAAGCUCAAGUUCCCUUCAUUCAUUUGGGAUUUGAUCAACUCCACAUUUGAUGGAUUGGACAGUGGGAACCACCCAAUCUUAUCGUCUGAGGGAACUGGAGGAACUUAUUUCAUGCAAGAUUCGUUGGGUCUCAAGUAUGUUUCUGUUUUCAAGCCCAUGGAUGAGGAGCCCAUGGCUGUUAAUAAUCCUAGAGGGUUGCCUGCAUCCUCAAAUGGUGAAGGAUUGAAAAGGGGGACAAGAGUAGGAGAAGGAGCAGUGAGGGAAGUUGCAGCAUACGUACUGGAUCAUCCAAAGAGUGGGCCUCGAUUGUUUUCAGAUGAAGAGAUUGGCUUUGCAGGUGUUCCACCUACUGUAAUGGUUCAGUGCUUGCACAAAGGAUUUAACCAUCCAGAAGGGUAUGAGUGCUCAGAAGAGAAGGUCAAGAUUGGAUCAUUGCAGAAGUUCAUGAACAGCCAUGGAAGUUGCGAGGACAUGGGCCCUGGGGCUUUCCCUGUAGAGGAGGUCCAUAAGAUUAGUGUUUUUGAUAUAAGAAUGGCGAAUACAGAUAGGCAUGCUGGGAAUAUUCUGGUGAACAAAGAGGGUAAAGAUGGCCAGAUUGUGCUUAUUCCAAUUGAUCACGGAUAUUGCUUGCCUGAGAAUUUUGAAGAUUGCACUUUUGAUUGGCUUUACUGGCCACAAGCCCGCCAGCCUUUCUCCCUGGACACCAUUGACUACAUAAACUCACUGGAUGCUGAGCAAGAUAUCGCGCUUCUGAAAUUCUGUGGUUGGGAGCUUUCCCUUGAAUGUGCCCGCACGCUUCGCAUCUCCACCAUGCUUCUGAAGAAAGGUGCACAGAGGGGUCUUACUCCUUUUGUAAUUGGAAGCAUCAUGUCCAGAGUAACCUUGAACAAGGAAUCUGUCAUUGAGGAGAUUGUUCAGGAAGCCCAGGAUUCCUUGCUUCCUGGAAUGAGUGAAGCUGCAUUUCUUGAGACCAUCUCCCAGCUGAUUGAUACCCGACUUGACAAGCUUAUGAAAUAAUUGUCAUGGGGUUUAUAUUAUAGGUAUAUAACCAUAUAUAUGUAUGUAGAGUUGAAACGGCCAGUCCAUUUUUUGGGUGGACCGCUGAGUUGUAUGAAAUGCCAAUGGCUUCUGACCAACACUGGUAAAGCCUUGGCUUUUUUUCACUUCUGUUCUUUCCAUUGUUGAGACUAUUAAGAAGUUGAACAGAGGAUUAAGCUUAUGAAUAAUAUCCGUUCUGUUCGGUUUUCAUGUA